AUGGACAAAAAUAUUAGACACUUCUAUAAUUUGGCAUCGGUAAGGAGGAACAAUAGAAUUAAUGCACUGGUAAUUAAUGAAAGGUUGAUAAGAAAUCAAGUUAGAAUAAAGAUUGUUAUUAGAGAGUUUUAUAAGGAUUUGUAUCAUCAUGAGAGAUCUCUGAUUGUGGGGUUUAGAGACGAGUUAGUGAAUCGAAUAGAUGAAGAAGAUUCUGUAGUAUUGGAGAGAAUGUCAACGGUAGAAGAGGUUAAAGAUGAGAUUUUAGACUGUGAAUCAUCUAAGGCUCCAAAUAGUGAUGGAUAUAACAUGAAUUUCAUUAAAAAGUGCUGUGAUGAGAUUGGUUCAGAGUUCACGGCAUCUAUGCUGGAUUUCUUUCGGUCAGCCAGGAUACCUUCUUACUCAAAUAUUAUGUGGGUGUCUCUAGCACCUAAGUUCAAUAAAGCUAAGAAAAUUAAGGACCUUCGACCGAUUAACAUGGUGGGUUGCUUCUACAAGGUAAUCUCUAAAGUGUUGGUAAGAAGGAUAGGAUCAGUGAUGUCAAAUCUAGUAGGGGAGACACAGAGCGCAUUUGUUAAAGGUCAGAAAAUACAUGAUGAGACAUUUAUUACAUGUGAAACAGUGCAAUAG